UGUGCGUGCACCACAGAGGUCCCCUGGUCAUGCCGGUUUAGCUGCCCUGCGUGAUGCCUGAUCAUGACAGCACCACCCUCCUAACCAGACAGACCAAGCGCAGACGUGUCGACAUCGGGGUGAAAAGGACUGUGGGCAGCGUGAUAUUCGCCCGCGCCAGGGAGACCCUGUUGGACAGCAUGAAUCAAUCGCACGGCCCCGACCAGGACGGAGACUGCUCGUUGGUCAGUCACAGCCACGGGGGAGGCAGUGGCGACGGGGAGAAGUCCAAUGUCUUGAGGAAGCUGCUGAAAAGGGCCAACUCGUAUGAAGAUGUGAUAAUGCCCUUUCCUGGUGCUACGAUUAUCUCGCAGUUAUUAAAAAGCAGCAUGGGGAAGAAUGGGGGGAGUGAUUCAGGCUUCCAGAGAAAUGGAGCUCUGUCUAGUGGAGGCUCUGAGAUCCAGGCCGAGGACGCCUGCAGCAACUCUUCCCGUGAAAGUCCAUCCGACUGCCUUUCUCCUGGGCCUCCUCAGUCUUCCUCCACCUUUGGACGACCACCACCUCCCUCAAACCACAUCACCCACACCCCGGCUCAACCACUAUCCCUAUCCUCCUUUGACUUGGACCGACUGUCGGACGAACACCUCCAAGCCAAGCGAGCCCGCGUGGAGAACAUCAUCCGCGGCAUGAGCCACUCUCCGCUGGUCCGACCCAACGACAGCAACCACAACCAGGAAAGCAGUCGAGAGAACGAGAAUAGCAGCAACGACCACAGACGAGAUGAUGGACGUCACACCAGCAACAGGCGCAAUGACUGCCCUUCGUCCCUCCUGAGCUCACCGGGUUCACGAGGUGGCGUGGUCAGUGUUGGCGAGGUUUACAGAGAGAAUAAAAGAAAGCAGCGACUGCCUCAGCAGCAACACAGCUUUACCCAGCUGGUUUGUUCCAGGCAGGAGCAAAGACAGGAGGAGAGACGGCAGCUCAAACUACAGCUGGAAGACAUGCAGAAACAGCUGCGCCAACUUCAAGAGAAGUUCUACCAGAUCUACGACUCAGAGACAGAAGAAGAGGAGGAAAAUGGUGUGAAUGGAGAGGCAGACCGAGGUGGUGAUAGAGAGGAGGAUGGCAACUUGUCAGAGGACAGUAUCCGCUCUGACGGGCUAGAAGAGAGGCACAGAGACAGAGGGCGGCAUAACCACAAUGACCUGUCUGAACUGGACCCAGGGCUGUUCCUGGACCGAGCCCGAGCACUUCUACGUGAGCAGGCCUUGAUAGACGGAGAAAUGGAGGAGGAUGUGGACAGCAGAGAGGAAGAGGAGAGAAAUGGAGAGAGGGUGGUGAAGAGGAGAGGAGCAGGAGGAGGACAGCAGUUGGCUGAAACUCUAAAACAGGAACUGAAUUGUGCCGUGUCGCAGGUUGUCGACACCGUCGUUAAGGGCUUCUCCUCGCCACCCAAACAGACCUCCAGUCAUCAUCAUGGCUGCCACAGCAGCACACCUGCUGCACCUUCCUCUUCCUCCAACUCAUCUUCUUCCUGUCCUCCACCCUUUGUCCCCCUGCCUCCCCUUACCCCAGACUCACGAUUCAGUGGUGGUAACUUGGCCCUUGGUCUGAAUGGUGAAAGCAGUCCUACCCCUAACUACCAUUCCUCCAACCAGAGGCUGCACUGCUUCGGGGACGUCAUCAUCCCCAGCCCACUGGAUUCCUUCGGUGGUCUGACUAGCAGACUGAGCGGCGUGCCAAUACCCAGCGAUCAAACAGAGGCACUCCCGCUGGUGGUGCGGAAAAGUGUGGGAAGUGGAGGAGAGAACACAAACCCCUCUCUUCCUCCUCCUCCACCUCCUCAUCAUCCCUCCCUUCACCCAUCUCCCCUUACAGCUUCGCUUGGGUUCAGUCCUCCAUCUUUUCGCCACCCGUUCCCUCUUCCCCUGAUGGGUUAUCCCUUUCAGAGCCCACUGGGGUCACAUGGCGGUGGCGCCGUCUACCCUCCAGGGCCAAAGGACCACAGUCGGUCCUCCCCUGACUCCAUGGACAUAACCCGUGAAACUGUCAGCCUCAGAACCAAAAUGGCGUCUCUUGGAGGAGGCCACAUGGGUCAUCAUCACCACAGGCAGAGCUCUCCAAGCCAACAUGGCCCAGAGGGUCUGUCGCUGUCUCUCAUCAAAUCUGAAUGCGGGGAUCUGCAGGACAUGGCCGACAUAUCGCCCUACUCAAGCAGCACUAUUCAGGAGGGCUUGUCUCCAAACCAUCUGAAGAAAGCAAAGCUGAUGUUCUUCUACACUCGAUACCCUUCGUCCAACAUGCUCAAAAUGUACUUCUCCGACGUCAAGUUUAACCGGUGCAUCACCUCCCAGCUGAUCAAGUGGUUCAGCAACUUUAGGGAGUUCUACUACAUCCAGAUGGAGAAGUUUGCACGGCAGGCCAUCAACGAGGGGGUGACAGCAUCCGAGGAGCUGACGGUGAGCCGGGACGCAGAGCUCUUCAGGGCGCUCAACAUGCACUACAACAAGGCCAACGACUUUGAGGUUCCUGAACGGUUUUUGGAGGUGGCACAGGUGACUCUUCGAGAGUUCUUCAAUGCCAUUGUGGCCGGGAAAGACGCGGAUCCGUCAUGGAAGAAGGCCAUCUACAAGGUGAUCUGCAAACUGGACAGUGAAGUUCCUGAGGUCUUCAAAUCACCCAACUGUCUCCAGGAACUUCUCCAUGACUGACUAGGAAAUCAAGGCAGGCGGAGCAAACCUGCAAGGACUGUCAGAAGACUGUAAGAACAUUCCUUUAAAGGUCUUCGAUAAAAUGUGCUUGAAAAGUGUUUGACCCUCAUAUUCGGAAGAAGUUUAUGGACACUUCAUUCCAGUCUUUUAAAGACAACACUGCCCUUAAGAUUUCAUACACAAAGAAAUAUCUGAUGCUCAUGUUAGUUGAUUUUGUUGGGACUUUUUAGAAAUAAAAAGCAAAAUGGCAAGCGAUUUAUCCUCUUUGCACUUCUAGAAAAACUCCAUCUCUUCUCCCCCAUGUUGUUUAGACUUUCCACCUUUCUCAAGAAAGUUGGACGAAUCUUCAACCCAUGACUUUAAGGCCGGGGGCGAACUAAUAAAAAAAGAUGAUAAUAUAUUAAAAAAAAAAAAAAUCUUUAUUGUGGAUGUAUUUAAGUGACUUUUGGAAAAAAAAGAAAAAAAAAGAAAAACGUUAAAUAUAUGUAUUUUUCCCUCCUUUGUAUGAGCUGGCAUCAUUUCUUCUAUAAACCCUCAGUCACACGUAGGAAAAAAAAACACCGUAGCAUUCCCUCAUCUGAACCCAAACAGUCAAAAAUAAACUUGUUUAAUCCAGAUUAUC